AUGCAGGACCAUGGAGGAGAGAGACAGGUCGCCAGCAGUCUGCCCCACAGCGUCAAGGCGAGCCUGUCUCUUUCUCCAUCUGGGCCGGGACGGGUGGGCAGCGGCGGGGGCUCCCCUACAUCCAAGAUGGGCUACUGCGCAGGGGUGCCCGUGGAGGACAUGCAGGCCCUGGCCAUCACCUCUCUGUCGGCAGCAGAUGUAGCCAAACAAUACGAGCACAUCCGCGAGCUGGGGAAGGGCACGUACGGCAAGGUGGACCUGGUGGCACACCGGACUCAGGGCACCAAAAUGGCGCUGAAGUUUGUUACCAAGAACAAGACGAAGCUCAAGAGUUUCCUGCGGGAAUACAGUCUAACAGGCUCGCUUAGCUGCAGCCCUUUCAUUAUCAAAGUCCUGGACGUGCUUUUUGAGACGGAAGACAGCUAUGUGUUUGGACAAGAAUAUGCCCCCGCUGGGGACCUUUUCGACAUCAUCCCCCCACAGGUGGGUCUGCCAGAGGAAAUGGUCAAACGCUGCAUGCAACAGCUGGGCCUGGCCCUGGAUUUUAUGCACAGUAAAAACCUGGUGCAUAGGGAUGUGAAACCCGAGAAUGUGCUCCUAUUUGACCGCGAGUGCCGCCGCAUCAAGCUGGCUGACUUUGGUAUGACCCGACGCGUGGGCUGCCGUGUGAAAAGGGUGAGUGGCACCAUCCCCUAUACGGCGCCAGAGGUGUGCCGUGCCAGCCGUGCUGAGGGGUUCCUUGUGACCACCAGUCUGGAUGUGUGGGCCUUCGGCGUGCUGGUCUUCUGCAUGCUGACGGGAAAUUUCCCCUGGGAGGCAGCGCUGCCGGCUGACGCCUUCUACGAGGAGUUUCGGCGCUGGCAGAAAGCAGGCUGUCCCGUGGGAACGUACCCGUCCCAAUGGCGGCGCUUCACCGAUGACGCCUUGCGCAUGUUUCAGAGGCUGCUCGCCGCUGAGCCGGAGAAACGCUGCGGGGUCAAGGAUGUCUUCUGCUUCGUUAAGUACGAGCUGGUCAGCGAGCUGAGGCGCAGAGCGUCGUGCCGAGCCAAGAGAGGCGAGAGGUCGAGCUCUGGAGUGUGUACCGGCAGUUGCACCUCCUCCUCGUCCUCCACUUCAUCGCGUUCCUCCCACAGACACCCCGAGCCCUCCACUCCUCCAGGGACGUCCUGCCUGCGUCCGGCACCACUCAAACGCAGCGUCCUCUCCGACCCGCUGUCUCCCAGAGAGGAGCCCGGACAGCACCAGUCGCCGGGCCGAGACAAGAACAAAAGCCAGAUGGUGAUGGCAACCGCCAUCGAAAUCUGCGUGUGACCACACUAAUGUUAGCAGUGGAGACUAGAUGGCUUUUCACAGCAAUAACAAGCUGUGAAGAGGUGUUAAUGACUACCACAGAGA